GACGGAGCGUCGUCGACAUCAUUGUCAAAUUCGAUGAGCCCUCAUCUGUGCCCCCUACUCCCAGGAGGACACGAACCGUGUCAGAAAGCAAUAUCUCGCCUUCUUUCGCCUUGCCCCUUGAUUUCCCUACGUUACAGACUAUGGAGGAAACCUCCCCAGUUGAAGGAGCAUUUCCAAUUGCUCUGAAGGAUCAGCCAACUCCUGAUGUUCCAACAGAGCUUCCAGGGUCCGUGCAAUUCCCCUCACUCGCGCCGUCUGCCCCUCUCGAGACUGAGCAGUCACCUCCGAGGCCGCUAUCACCCCCAAAGGUCGUUCAAACUCCCGAGGCGGCCGUCACAAAGCUUCCUGAGAUCCCCGAGUCAUCACUAACUGUGGAGUCUACAGACUCGCGGGAAAAAAUCAGCGUCUCUAUUCCAUUGGACUCUACAACUCACAGCGUCCGAUCACCCUCCGUGAUUUCACCCCCGAUGGCAUCAUCUGUUUCAUCGCCGGCAGUUGUUGACAAGCCCAUAGGCCGGAAAGGAGGGAGUAUCUCGCUAGACACUUCUGACACUCAAAUAUCAAGGUCAACACCCUCGGUCGUCUCACCCUUUCCGACUCAACCCACUCAAUCCAGCUUGCCUUCAACCAUGUCUCCCAUCGAGUUCUAUGAUGAUGCUGUCACGCCUACAGCAGGUCCGAAGGGAUAUUCUGUCGUGGUUCAUGGAAGGACGAGCGAAAGUGGACCCGACCGCGUCUCCAGGCCUAGUUCACGAACGGGGACCUACUCAUCUUCAGGGCACAAGAACAGCCUGGACAGCACAGGCAGCAAUCAUCCGCAUCCCGUGCUGCGCUCAAAGAGACAGUUCAAACACCUUCAGAGCUCUGUUGCUGACCCGCCUGCCAGCCCCAGUGCAAACGACUUAACGGCACUGCUCCAAGAGGCUGCUUGGUUAGAGCAGAGACUCAUGGAUGGUAAUACAUCAUUUCAGGAGCCGGUUACACCUGUGUUGGAACCGGAUGUCCAGUCUAACAGUCCUAUCUCAACGGAUGCUUCAACGACACCUUCUCCCAUUCUCAUAACUCCGUAUCGCUUGCAGUCGAUCGAGAUCCAGCAUUCUCAACAACCCAUCAGCUCUUAUUCCCCACCCACUCUCCAAAUUCAUGCGCCAGCCGCGUCUGCCGCAGAUGAAGAAGUGCCGCCUACGCCUCCACCCAAGUCUGCGCGUACCCGUCGCUACUUCUCAUUGCGCUCGAAGCUGCCUACUAUGCCAGGCGCGUACCCGCGCCACAGCAUGUCUUCUGAGAUAUCCUCAGAGGAUUCUGCCCCUGUCACAACUCCGCCGUCGCCUACGUUCGACCUUGUUAUGCCACCUAAACAUUCGCAUGAUGGAAUGAGCGUCAAGAGUGCGAAGUCUGGCAGGUCCUUCAGGAGCGCAUUGAGUGGCAAGAGUGGGAAAUCAGAGACGCCCUCCAUGCGCGAGUCUCUCAAGCUGUCGCCGAGACGCGGUGUGGCGCGUGCGACAUCGUUCGCGGAGAGAUUGCUUAACCGCGCGUCGAGGACGAAGUCGAUAAUUGAGGAUAGCCCCACUGAGUCGAUCCCAGAGUUGUCUCGCCUUGAGCCUAUACCCCAGAUAGAGCCGAUACAUCCUCUUCCCGAGACGCCGACAUCCUUCAUUUCAUCAAGCUCUGCAGAUACAUCGCCAAACAAUACCAUCUCGUUUGAUCGAGAUAUCUUCGAUGCGUUUCCAUCUGUGCCGGAGGGGCUUCCCCAACGUCCCGCAUCUUUCUUGUUCCCGAGCCCUGGCGACCAAGAUAGCCCAAGUGCUCUGGCGAGGUCUAGCACAAUGCCGGCGCGGCAUCGCGGACCCGCCGCACAGCACCAGGCGAGAAGUGACAGUAGGAGCACGUUUGCGUUGAAGGAAGUGGAUGAGCGAAGCCCGUGGUUGCCUCUACCGGGAGGCGAGAAGACGCAACUCUUUAUUUCUUUCCUCUUUCUUCGAUCUAUUCCACUAGCUCUACUGCAUCCUCAUACCCUUAGAUGGGGCUUCAUUACUUUACUCCAGCAUCUUGCUUCAUCUCAAUCGUUAACUGGAAUUCAUAACGGAAUCAUAGUUUUGAACAAAAUCUGA